AUGGGGAAUCAGUGCCCCAAGACCGGCCACGCAGAAAAUCACAGCCACAAACAUCCUGAAAACAUCCUCGGGGGGGGGUGCUGCGGUCAGAAGCGGAAGCUUUGCUCUGAGAACAGGCACUGCUCGUCCCAGGGAAAUGCUGGCUCCACGCUGAGGGGCUCGGGGCGCUCUUCCGUCACCCCCACGCCCCUCCAGGCCCAGCAGGGACCCAGGACUCGCGAGGGACGGGAAAUAUCUGCGGGACGGUGGGGAAGUCUACGCGUGGGGGGAGUGCCAGGCAGUCGCGAUGAUUUGCAGGCUUGGGGGCAGAAGGGACCGCCUGACAACCUGUCGCGCCGGUGGCGUCCCCGCGGGGCUCCUUCCUCCCGGCCCAUCAGCCCGUCGCUGGCUGCGAACGGGGGGCGCGCAGCAGGUCAUGUCCGGGGCCGCCUUACCCCGCCGGCUCUGACCUCUGUCUGUAAAGUCCAGUUCACGUCCUUAGUCGAGGCUGGGUUCUCGGGCUUCUCCUCCUUUGACCCUCCGGCCCCAAGCCCCACCCCAGCCCUGGGCGCUGCCUCAGUCGCGCUCACCUUCCUACAAGUUCAGUCCUGGUUGCUCUGUCGGGUGGAGAUGAAGACAGACAAGUUUGUGGGCCUCGUCUGCCGCCGGCGAGAAGGAAUUGUCCCUCAGCAAACUGAAUUUCUUCCAAAAUUAAUCCAUGAGAAUGAAUCAGGGGGACACACUGAGAGAAAGUGCCAGAAUGAAGAGCGGAAAGUUUGUGAGGAAAGGAGGUUUGAUGAAGGGGAAUCAGGAAAUCAAUUGGAAGGAAGAGAAUGGAAGGAAAACUGGAAUGAAACAGGAAAAGAGUGCUCCCAGGAUGAAAGCACAGCCGCCGCCAUCUUCACUGUCCAGAUGGAUGACUACCUGGGUGGCAAGCCAGUGCAGAGCAGAGAGCUUCAAGGCUACGAGUCUACUGAUUUUGUCAGCUAUUUCAAAGGCGGUCUGAAGUAUAAGGCUGGAGGUGUGGCAUCCGGGCUCAAUCAUGUUCUCACGAAUGACCUGACAGCCAAGAGGCUCCUACGUGUGAAGGGUCGGAGAGUGGUCAGGGCCACGGAAGUUCCUCUCAGCUGGGACAGUUUCAACAAGGGUGACUGCUUCAUCGUUGACCUUGGCACUGAAAUUUAUCAGUGGUGUGGUUCCUCAUGCAACAAAUAUGAACGUCUGAAGGCGAGCCAAGUAGCCAUUGGCAUUCGGGACAACGAAAGGAAGGGAAGAUCACAACUGAUUGUGGUGGAAGAAGACAGUGAGCCAUCAGAGCUUAUAAAGGUUUUAGGGAAAAAGCCAGAGCUUCGGGAGGGAGAUGAUGAUGAUGACAUCAUAGCAGAUAUAAGUAACAGGAAAAUGGCUAAACUGUAUAUGGUUUCAGAUGCCAGUGGCUCCAUGAGUGUGACUGUGGUGGCAGAAGAAAACCCCUUCUCUAUGGCAAUGCUGCUUUCUGAAGAAUGUUUCAUUUUGGACCAUGGGGCUGCAAAACAAAUAUUCGUGUGGAAGGGUAAAAAUGCUAAUCCCCAGGAGAGGAAGGCUGCAAUGAAGACAGCGGAGGAAUUUCUGGAGCAGAUGAAUUAUUCCACCAAUAGCCAGAUUCAAGUUCUUCCAGAAGGAGGUGAAACACCGAUCUUCAAACAAUUCUUUAAGGACUGGAAAGAUAAAGAUCAGAGUGAUGGCUUAGGGAAAGUGUAUGUCACUGAGAAAGUGGCUCAGAUCAAACAAAUUCCAUUUGAUGCCUCAAAAUUGCACAGUUCUCCGCAGAUGGCGGCCCGACAUAAUAUGGUGGAUGACGGGUCUGGCAAAAUGGAGAUUUGGCGCGUAGAAAGCAAUGGUAGGGUGCAAAUUGACCCCAACUCGUAUGGUGAAUUCUAUGGUGGUGACUGCUACAUUAUACUCUAUACUUAUCCCAGAGGACAGAUUAUCUACACAUGGCAAGGAGCAAAUGCAACACGAGAUGAGCUGACGACAUCUGCGUUCCUGACCGUUCAGUUGGACCGGUCCCUUGGGGGACAGGCUGUGCAGAUCCGAGUCUCCCAAGGCAAAGAGCCUGUUCACCUGCUGAGUUUGUUCAAAGACAAACCGCUCAUUAUUUACAAGAAUGGAACAUCAAAGAAAGAAGGUCAGGCACCUGCUCCCCCUACCCGCCUCUUUCAAGUCCGGAGAAACCUGGCAUCUAUCACCAGAAUUGUGGAGGUUGAUGUUGAUGCACAUUCACUGAAUUCGAACGAUGUUUUUGUCCUGAAACUGCCACAAAAUAAUGGCUACAUCUGGAUAGGAAAAGGUGCAAGCCAGGAGGAGGAGAAAGGAGUGCAGUAUGUAACAAGCGUCCUCAAGUGUAAAGCCUUAAGGAUUCAGGAAGGCGAGGAACCAGAGGCGUUCUGGAAUUCCCUUGGUGGCAAAAGAGGCUAUCAGACUUCACCACUACUAGAAACCCAAGUCGAAGACCACCCACCCCGGCUUUACGGCUGCUCUAACAAAACCGGAAGAUUCAUUAUUGAAGAGGUUCCAGGAGAGUUCACCCAGGAUGAUUUAGCAGAAGAUGAUGUCAUGUUACUAGACGCUUGGGAACAGAUAUUUAUUUGGAUUGGCAAAGAUGCUAAUGAGGUUGAGAAAUCAGAAUCUCUAAAGUCUGCCAAAAUGUACCUUGAGACAGACCCUUCUGGAAGAGACAAGAGGACUCCCAUUGUCAUCACAAAACAAGGCCAUGAGCCACCCACAUUCACAGGCUGGUUCCUGGGCUGGGAUUCCAGUAGGUGGUAAAUUGAUUUUUGUGAAAAGCAAACAAAUAAAUAUUAUGGGGCCAUUCCUAUUACUUUGGGGGAGG